AUGACGGGAAUAAAGUAUGUGAUGAGUGCUUAUGGAUCAUUCAGACGGUUACAUCGUUUUCAGCGCCUUUAUUUUAUUCGCUAUUUUAUUCUGCUGAUUGUUUUGGCGAUUUUUUGGAACGAAUAUUUGUCGUAUGAAUACUCGGCGUUACUCUGGGUUUUUCGUUUACCACAUUAUGACUCUCAAACGGUUAAAAUUUUAAUUGUUGCUGAUCCUCAGCUUAUUGGGUAUCAAAAUGAGGGUGGAAUGUACCCAGGAAUCAAAAGAUGGGAUGCUGAUAGGUAUCUGAAGAAAGGAUUCUCCCGUGUGUUGCGUGUGGCGAGCCCAGAUGUCGUUGUUUUUCUGGGGGACCUUUUUGACGAAGGCACUCAAAUGACUGAUCAGGAAUUUGAAUGGACAUUGGAGAGAUUCAACAAGAUUUUUGAUAUGCCACGGGAUAUACAGAAACUUUAUGUUCCUGGUGACAAUGACGUUGGUGGAGAAGACAGCCCUGUGUCUGAACGUCUAGUCGAAAGGUUUCAGAACAAGUUUGUUAGCAGCUUUGAUUCAAACGUGCUGGGACUCGACGACUUUGACUUCUUUUAUGUCAAUGGAUUUAACGAACAGAUGAAAAAGAUCUUUGAAGGCACUGGGGACUUAAAAUUUGUUUUAAGUCACAUGCCUCUUUUGCGUGCUCAUGGCUCGCUACAGAAGUUGCGUGUUUCACUGAACCCAUCAUUAAUAAUUAGCGCUCAUGAUCACAAAGCUGAGUUCUAUCAGGAUGGCCGAAGUUCAUACAAUUUUUAUCGGUCUUCUUUAUUUACUUACAGUAAGGCAAUAGAGAUGGCCAUAUCUAAGGAUGACCCAUGUGUUGAGCUGCAGUCUCCAACAUGUAGUUAUCGUAUGGGAGUGCAUGAAACAGGCUACGGAAAUGAAUUUUACAUGUUGCAGUUAUUUGCUAAAUGA